ACACAGCCAGGAAGUAAAACUGCACCGAGAACAUGAAGUUCUCUGUUACACAUGUUUUAUUACGCUUUACUGAUAAGACGUACUUGUUUUUUAAAACACAAGUAGGCUACAGAUUUACGCGUCGUUAAUUUAUAAAUCGUUGUCUGCUGUUAUCCCUGGACUAUGGAUAUAUCUGAUAUUGAGCGGUGUUGCUGUGCGGUCACUCUAUCCAAAUCCUUUUCUGCUAAAAAGUCCGUAAGUUGCAGUGGGGUCGUUGUCCACACUGAGUCUGGGACUAUUCUCUGCACGGGUCUUCCUUUCUCUCGCUUCACAGCCAACAAAAAGUCUCUAAACACGAAUGGACGUGUUUUACCAGCGCAUCGCUUUAGUAAGAAGCUUAGAGUUAAUGUCACCUUCCCCGCACAUGUAAACAUCUCAGAUGACACCUCUGGAUCAACCCCGCACCAAACCACAGCCAGUCUGCUCAUGUUAGUGAACUGUGUAGAGUUCAGACGAGCUUUCCAGGCUGUUUUCCCCGAGUCUCAGCAGUGGCGCUUCUACGGGGAUGAGGAUGAGGAUGAGCUGCUGAAGGAUGCACAGUUUCUAAGCUGGUUUGCAGUAUUGAAAGUCAAAGAUUUACCCACAAUUUCCAGCUCCUACCCACACCUCAUCCCUUGGCAGGACAGCAUCUCUCUGCUCAAGGGCUGUCCUGUUUUGGCUUGUGGGUCUCCCUUCGGUUCCCUCUGCGUCGAUCUCUUCACCAGUUCACUUAGCAGAGGAAUUAUUAGUAAUCUUACGGGACAAGAUAACGCCAUUAUUCUUACAGACGCGCGCUGCUUACCUGGCACAGAAGGGGGCGGCUUGUUUGCGCUCAAAAGCCCAAAUAAAGUGCGUCUUGUUGGGCUUGUUGUUUCCCCUUUUGGGUGGAAAGCAAACGAAUGGAUUGGGCUUUCGUUGGUUUGCUCAAUUCAUCAGAUUUUCAAAAAUAUAUUGCAGUUUACAAAGCCAGAACAUCCACUACAAGAUAUAGUGCUGUGGGAGAAAGAGCUGUACAUGGAGGCUGCGGCGGAUGGAUCUAGGACUGUCAAUCAUCCCACAGUGUGUCUGGUGGACAGUGGGCAGUUUUGGGGGUCAGGUGUGCUGGUCUCUGAACAGGUGGCUCUUACCUGCCGCCAUGUUGUCAACGGGAAGUCUACAGUCAUGCUGAAGUUUCAUCAAAAGGACGGGUUCACAGAUAUGGUUGGUGAUGUCCUGUUCUGCACUCAGGAGGCCUCGCCCUUUGACCUGGCUGUGUUGAAGCUCAGGGACAGUGUCAGUCAUGCGGCGCUUCCCCAGAUGUCCCAUAAGUUUCAUACAGGUGAGCCUGUCCUGGUGGUGGGUUAUGGUGCCAUCGGUCGUAGUUGUGGCCCUUCAUUGACCUCCGGAGUCUUGUCAAAAUCCAUCCGCACCAAAGAGCAGCAGCCAGUCAUGCUCCAAACCACAUGUGCAGUACAGGCUGGGACUAGUGGAGGCGCUGUAGUACGGCCGCACUCAGGAGAGCUACUGGGUAUAGUCUCCAGUAACACCAAGGACUUUGCCACCAACGUGACGUAUCCUCACCUGAACUUCAGCAUCCCCGUGACUGUGUUUGAGAAGAUGGUGGAGAUCUUCCUGCAAACCCAGGACGUGAGCGCGUUUACAGGGCUGGAUUCAGUGGAUGAAGAUGUGAGGAGGGUGUGGAGGCUGCAGAUGCAUUCAAGCAAACUGUAACUACAGCCAUUUAAGUGUUAAUAUGUUCAAAUGCAACGCUAGGCCUGAUGCAACUGCCAUUUUCAGGAAUUUUAAUUUAUACUAAUUCAAAGAUGCAUCAACCAAAACUUUCAAACUGUGUUUAUUUUCUUUUGUUACAGAUUUUAUGGCAACACUGUGUAACUUUAUAUGUUAUUAGAUGAGGCUCUCAUCCAGGACAUGUAAGAAUCAGGUUUGUGAAGAUACAAGGACACAGUUUUUUCUAUAUUUUCAGUGCAAUAAAUCUUUGUCUCGUAAGUUACACAGUGAGGCUUUAGUGAAAUUUUGGAAUUUUCAUAAUAACAUGAUAUUUUGGUAAUUUUUCUAGGAACACAUAUAUUUUGCGAGACAUGGUCACAGAUCUAAAUCCAGCUGUAGAAUCAUUCAUACAGUGUUAUACUCUUGAGAGUCCCUAUUGUUCCGGUUAUACACAAACAAUCUCUGCUGGAAACAAGAACUGAAAACAAUAGACUUUUUAUAUUAACAUUUUAAAGUGGGUCUAUUAUGCAUAAUUGACAUUUUAGAGCUUUUAACCAUGUUACAGUUGUUUCCCUUCACCAUUUACUCAUCCAAAGUUGUAUUUGGCGUGAUUUGCGAAGUUUGAGUAAUCUUUAAUCGCUUAUUUUCAAGACGCCAUAUUGACGAUCAAUCCCCGUUUUCAUUGCCACCAUUACACACACACUGCUCUGAACUGACUUAGUUCUCCAAUUUUAUUUUCUUAAUCAGUGAUUUGCGCAAGAUUGGGCAGAGUCGUGUAGUCAUUUUGGUACAAAAGAAAAAAAAAAAACCCUGCUUGCUAGACUGAUCUGCAGCUUGUCCAUCGGAGGUGCAGACUCUUUGUGGUGAUGAUGUUUACAGCGACAUCAGCUUCCAUUGAGCACGGCACUUUGUAACGCAGAAGUUGGGGGACUUGUUUCUUUUAUUAAGUUGUUUUAGAUGAAUAUUGCGAUUUAAAAUGUCCAAAUUAUGACAUAAUGAUCCACGGCUGUCAUAGAUUAUAACUACAGAGCCGACAUAAGCACAAUAGGUCUGUUUUAACAUUUGGUGCUAAGAAACAACAUAUUCUUGUAGCUGCCAUCUACUCUAGUUUGUUCUACAUCCAAUAAUGUGAAUAAAACAUUUCUUAAAACCUUU